UCAGCAAAAAUCUAUUCAACAGCACAAAAUCAAAGAUGAAUAAAACAACUACCAUGAUAACUAUCAUCCUGCUUUUGUGUGCUAUAACUGCACAAGGCAUUCCUCUGCCAGGAACUCAAGCCCGGUGCUUGUGCCCCCACACCAGCUCUGAGUUAAUCAAUCCAAAACUCAUCAAGAGCUUGAAAUAUAUUCCCAAAGGAUCACACUGUGAGACACUGGAGAUAAUUGUCAUCAUGAAAAAUGGGAUGAAAUUAUGCGUGAGCCCUGAUGCCCAGUGGUUGAAGAUUAUCAUUAAAGCUAAGAAAGGGAUUCCAAUCCCAGGAAUCCAGGGACGCUGUAAGUGUAUCCGGACUACUGCCAAUCAUUUUGACCCAAAAUUAAUUCGCAGCAUAAAGUACAUUCCAAGAGGAUCUCACUGUGUGGCAACAGAGAUAAUUGUUACCAUGAAAAAUGGGAAGAAAUUAUGCGUGAAUCCUAAGGUCCAAUGGAUGAAGAAUUUCAUUAAAGCCAUAAAAGUUAGCGGACUGCAGAACUGAGAUGUAUGAUCCCGAUGGAAAGGACUGAUUUCCACGCAUACGUCAUCUGAACUAUCGUGAAUAGUGCAAUGAAAAAGCUUUGAGCAAUCUGCUACGUUACUCAUGUUAACCUCCUAAUGGCUUGCUCUAUCACUGUCUGUUUGAUUUUUUUUGAAAAUGUUUCCACCUCUCAAGCCUGUUGCUUUUGCAUCUUAGAAUUUUAAUCAUAGAAAGAAAUCAAUUAAAAUGUGCAAUCAAAUACGUUCUUGGUUGAGGUUUCU